UCUCUGCCGCCAUGUAUACACCCCCGUCCGCGGACCCCAAACACAGCUGUGACGUCCACGCACGCUGUCACACGUCCACCACUGCCGUUCAGAGAGUAGCCUGUUUGGCAUGGUCGUCCCGUUUGCGUCUGUGUGUCUCCAAACCUCGGGGCCUCGGGGCCACGAGACACGUCAACCGGUAACGGCAACGUCAACACCGGCGGCACGCGAGGCUGCGGCACGCGCGUCCAGGCGAUCUGCCCGUUUCGGGAGACACUGACAGAGCAGAUGGCGUGUCGCGCGUGGGAGCGUGGACUCUUUUUGCCCGAUCCAGACCGAGAGCAAAACGAAGCCUGCGGGGCGACACGGGACGAGACGCUGUUUCAGGUAUUGCCGGCGGGAGAGAGCGAAACCAAUGAUGAGACUGUUUCAAGCCAGAACUGAGAGAGGGUACCUGUUUCAAAAAGGGCAACAUGAAUCUGUGCCUCCUCUUCUUUGCGGUUCUGCACAAGUACACACAGCGGUCGCUCUGUGUGUUGAAACGAGUAACAUCUGUUUCUUCCUCUGCUUUUCUGCUUUUCCAUUCUUGUGCUCUUCUGCUCUCCGUAUGCUCUUCUGCUCUCCGUAUGAUCCGAAUGCUACUUCUGUAACCCCCUCGCCAGCCUCUCCACUGUAGUGCCAGCACAUGAUGGGUCCGAGGAGCUCACCUCGGCC